GCGUAUUUGAUUAUACGCAAACUUGACCUUUGACCCUUUUCGCCAUUUUGAUUUCCAUCCAACGAGAAAAGGAAAGUGAGAAAACUUUAAAUCGGAAAACAAGCUCUGAUUUUAAGUCCGGCCAUCGUGAGGACAUCCUGGUAUCUAGAUCUAAUGUGUUUGCUAUGAAUGGGUUCAGUACAGAGGAAGAAACAAGAGGUACUGGACAUAACCAAAUCUGUUGUUUAAUAGACGGGGCUCAUCGCUGUUCAAGACCUGCUGGCAACGCAAGCUAUAGCAAACGUAUCCAAAAGACUGUUCAACAGCGCCGAUUACGUCUCAUUCGAGACGAUAGUGUAAAUCACAUUUAUAUUUGUGAUUUUCAUAAAAACAUGAUACAAAAUGCGAGAAUGAAGCGGAAGAGACGUGACAGUGACGAUGGCGAUGGAUCUCUCGAUGCUGAUGAAGACAUUCCUGAAAUUGACUUUUUCCAAAUGCCUGUGAACACAUUACGACGUUAUAAGAGACACUAUAAAUUGCCUGCUAGACCAGGCAUGAAUAAAGCACAACUCUCAGAUACAGUUGCCAGACAUUUUAAAUCCAUCCCUGUUGUUGAAAAGGAGGCGUUAACCUAUUUCAUUUAUAUGGCUAAAAACUUUAAAAGCAGAUUUGAUCAAAAACAUAACAUGGAUGUAUCAAACUGAAAACCCAACAUAGUGAAUCAAACUUUUAUACUAGGAUUAAAAUGGAAAACAAGGUCAAAAGUAUACAUGGACUUUAAGAAACAAGUGGAAGAGACAACUGAUGUGUUGGAAUGCAUUGUUACAAUUUUCAAUAAUGAUAAUGAUUCAUAGAAAGUGCAUUGUUACAUAGACAGGUCAUUUACAUUUAAGACAUGGAAGUUAAUGAAGAAAAUGAAAAGCUAUUGUACCUGGAUGCCAGCGGGAAAAAUAAAGUUACUAUGAUAUCUUUAUGGAGAUGUAGAUUAUACUAAUGUAAAAAAACAAAACAAGAGAAAUUGAAGAUAGUCAUUCACAUCAAUUAUAACUUGAUCAUAGAUCAGAAUUUGAUAAUCAAUAAGUGACACAAAAAGACCUGUCAUGACAGUUUUCUAGCGACUUGGUGCUGUUCUAUAAUGAAUAAUAAUGACAUAUUUUCUCCUACAUUUACUGUGUCUCAUGCAAUCAUGUACCUAGGUAUAAUAAUGAGUGGUAUGAAUGUUGAGAAAAGAAUAAUUUAGUUGAAUAUUCAUAAACAGCUAUUAUUAGAAUAAGGAUUAGAUAUUAUAUAAAGGUCUUUACAUUGUGUUGUGCUGUAUUUUUAAAAUAUGAAAACUUUAAUAUGGAAAUUAAUUUCAUUAGUAUGGAGGUAAAAACUGUAAAAGUUUUAUUAUGAAAAUUAAUAUUUAUGAUUUUUCAAAAUACACCAAUAGGAUAUUAAUUGUUAUAAUAAUUAAUAUAAAAGAAACUUAUGUGAAUUUAAGAAAUUAUAAUACAUUCAAGAGUUUUUUGAUAAUGGUUGGAGAAUAGAGGCUUGGGUCCUGAAGUUUUGUUUUUAGAACAUCAAGUUACCAUUAUGGUAUAUCUUUGAAGUUUUGUUAAUUCAAAUAAGAUUUUAUUAGGGAAAUGACUGUAGACACAAACACAAAUUGUUAAAGUUUUAAAAGAUAAAAUUGUAUAGUGGAUACAUAAGAAAAUGUGUAGUUUAUCAACUUGUAGAACAUUUUUUUAUACGUAAUACAGUAGAACUUCGGUAA